CACUAACGAAUAUACUUCACCGCUGGAAUUCAAAAUCAUCGAAGUCAUCAUGAAUUUGCACGGCUUAUUCGACAAAUUUUAUUAUUUAUUCCUUGGCUUUGUAGCCCAUCUGAUUUCCAUUGGGGCAUAUCUGAUCGUCGUUGCAUCGCGAUUUAUAGUAAACUUUCUAUUGGACAAAAAUGAGUACCGAAUGAUGGAACCGGGAUCUGAGACAAUCAUGGCUGAAGACACAAAAGGGUCGAAUGUUCUGUACGUUUUGAAAUGCACGGGAACUCCAAAUGUUGAUAAAAUUGUGGAUAAACUUUACCGAUUCGUAAACUAUGAAACAACGUUAGUGUCAGGUGGUCGUGUUGACACACCGUACCGACCGUUUGAGAAACUUGGCUACCGCAUCGUUAAAAAGCUUGGGACCUUCUGUUGGAAUGUCAAUCACAACUUUCGAGCAGAAGACCAUUUGGUGAUUGAUAAGGUGAACAGGAGUUUGGAUGUCGAGAUUCAUGAGAGAUGCGAGGUGUUGACAGACACAAUUUAUGCAAAUCACAAGCCUCAGUGGGAAAUGCAUAUUUUGGACCGCGAUGAAUCGAAGGAAUAUGCUAUCGUUUGGAGCGUUCAUCAUUCUUAUACUGACGGAACCAGUUUCACACAAGCGAUCCGAUACGCUUUUGCUGAUGAUCUGUUUCCGAUUAAGAUAGAUGCAUUAGAGUGGAACAGAAAGGAACCGAGUUUCUGCAGCAAAAUUACAACUGUGAUUGAAACACUUCUGCUCUGUAGUAUUGGUUCUGGAUGGUUUGCUAGCGUUUACGGUCAGUGUCUUGGUCAGGCACAUGUGAGAGAGAACGACCUGACGGAAAUGCGAGGAAGGAGUCAUUGUCGCGCUGUGACACUUAAUUUGACUGAACUGAAGACCAUACAACGAAAACUAAGUAAAGAGAAUCCGGUCCGCCUAGUAUCAGUACUAUUCGCAUUUGUAUCAGCAGCAUUUGAACGAGCUAUCAGUUCAUCGAAAUUGGAAAAACCAUCCACAAUAUUGGCAGGCACGGUUGAAGCAGACUAUCCGUAUAAGAGUUUAGAACUUUGCGUUAACGUAUACACGCUAUGGUUCGACUUACCAUUGAAUGUCAAACCUCUUCAAGAGAGACUUCAGCUAAUUGAUACACGUAUAAGGCAUGCCACGACUCGUUUGGGAAUGCGUCUUUUGAAGAUUGCCACUAAUCUCGUGGGAGCAGUCAUUUCUCUCAUUCCACAACUGUUUGAACUGUCAGGAUCACUUACUGAAUCCACAUACAUUUCGAAUAUGGUUGGCCCUCAGAACUAUUUCACGAUUUUUGGCGGUGAUUUAGUCACUGCAAUGUAUGUGUUCAGUCCAAUUGUUAUCGAAGAAGUGGUCGCUAUCGACUCAUACACUUAUGGUGAGGAAGUAACGUUAGGUUUGGUGAUGCCAGAUCGAGUAAUAAGAAAAUUGCCCGGAUUUCUGGACGAUUUCGUCGCAGGGAUCGAGGAUGAAAUGGCCAGAUACAUUGAGUUACACAAAACAAAGUGAAUCGCUCAUCACAAUGGGAGCAUAGAGUGAAUAAAUAUAGAGGAGCGAGCCCUCUUUUGAAUA